AUGUUAGCUGCUAGAAACUCGUUGAAGAACGUCUCUCGUCGUCUCCCGACACUCUCCCGUGCUAAUUCUUCGGCUGCUCCUGGUGGACCUGUAAUCGGAAUCGAUUUGGGAACCACUAACUCUGCCGUCGCUAUUAUGGAAGGAAAGGUCCCUAAGAUCAUUGAGAACUCCGAAGGUGGAAGAACUACUCCUUCCAUUGUUGCCUUCACUAAGGAUGGUGAAAGAUUAGUAGGUAUUCCUGCAAAGCGUCAGGCCGUCGUUAACCCUGAGAACACCUUGUUCGCCACCAAACGUUUAAUUGGUCGUCGUUUUGAAGACAAAGAGGUGCAGAGAGAUUUGAAUCAAGUACCUUACAAGAUCGUAAAGCACUCAAAUGGAGAUGCAUGGAUUGAAGCUAGAGGUGAAACAUACUCUCCUCAACAAAUCGGAGGUUUCAUCUUGAACAAGAUGAAGGAAACCGCUGAGGGCCAUUUAGGUAAGCCUGUUAAGAAUGCAGUUGUCACCUGUCCAGCUUAUUUCAAUGAUGCUCAAAGACAGGCUACUAAGGAUGCCGGUAAGAUCGUUGGAUUAAACGUUUUGCGUGUUGUUAACGAACCAACUGCCGCAGCUUUAGCUUAUGGUUUGGAAAAGAAGGAUGGUGAAGUCGUUGCAGUUUUCGAUUUAGGUGGUGGUACUUUUGAUAUUUCUAUCUUAGAUAUCGGUGCAGGUGUUUUCGAAGUUAAAUCUACCAAUGGUAAUACUCAUUUGGGAGGUGAAGAUUUCGAUAUUGCCGUUGUCAGAACCAUUGUUGAAACUUUCAAAAAGGAAUCCGGAAUCGACUUAGAGAAAGAUAGAAUGGCUAUCCAACGUAUUAGGGAAGCUGCCGAGAAGGCCAAGAUUGAGUUGUCUUCUACAGUUUCUACUGAAAUUAACUUGCCAUUUAUUACUGCUGAUGCAUCAGGUCCUAAGCAUAUCAACCAAAAGCUUUCAAGGUCUCAGUUUGAAAGUUUAGUGGACCCAUUGAUCAAGAAAACUGUUGAGCCAUGUAAGAAAGCAUUGAAGGAUGCUGGUUUAUCAACCUCCGAUAUUUCUGAAGUUAUCUUAGUAGGUGGUAUGUCAAGAAUGCCAAAGGUUGUUGAAACAGUCAAGUCUAUCUUUGGUAAAGAACCAUCUAAAUCUGUUAAUCCAGAUGAAGCUGUGGCUAUGGGUGCCGCAAUCCAAGGUGGUAUUUUAGCAGGUGAUGUCACUGAUGUUGUGUUAUUGGAUGUUACCCCAUUGUCUUUAGGUAUUGAGACUAUGGGUGGUGUUUUCGCAAGAUUAAUCUCCAGAAACACCACAAUCCCAGCAAAGAAGUCUCAAAUCUUCUCCACAGCUUCCGCUGGUCAAACUUCCGUUGAAAUUAGAGUUUUCCAGGGUGAAAGAGAAUUAACUAGAGACAAUAAAUUAAUCGGCAACUUUACUUUGUCUGGAAUUCCACCAGCUCCAAAAGGUGUUCCACAAAUUGAGGUCACCUUCGAUAUUGAUACUGAUGGUAUUAUUAAAGUCUCUGCUCGUGACAAGGCUUCAAACAAAGACGCAUCAAUCACUGUUGCAGGUUCCUCUGGUUUAUCUGAGAGUGAAAUUGAACAGAUGGUCAACGACGCUGAAAAGUUCGCUGAAUCUGAUAGAGCCAGAAGAGAGGCUAUUGAAUCUGCAAACAGAGCUGAUCAAUUAUGCAAUGACACUGAGAACUCCUUGAACGAAUUCAAGGAUAAAUUGGACUCUGCAGAUGCUGAUAAGGUAAGAGCCCUAGUUGCUGAAUUAAGAGAGCUCGUCGUUAAGGCUCAAGGUUCUGAAGAAGUCGACAACACUGAAUUGAAGAACAAGACUGAAGAGUUACAAAACGAAUCAUUGAAGGUUUUUGAAAAGUUAUACAAGAAUAACGAAAACCAGAAUAAUGAAAACAAUGGUUCGUCUGAAGAACCUAAAAACUAG